UGCAUGGAUGUGUAUCGGUAUAGAAUCGGUUAAGGUAGCGCCAUGUUAUUAAUUGUUUGUUAAAUGCGAGGUCUCUGUAUAAUCUUGUUAUUUGUUUUAACGGAUGUAAUCGUAUUUUAAAUUAUUUCAGAAUUCGAGAUGUGGCACGAGGCAAGAAAACAAGAAAAAAAGAUUCGGGGCAUGAUGGUUGAUUAUAAAAGAAGAGCAGAAAGGAGAAGAGAAUAUUAUGAAAAAAUUAAACAGGAUCCUGCUCAAUUUCUGCAAGUGCAUGGACGUCCAGCCAAAAUUCACUUAGAUCCUGCAGUUGCUAUUGCAGCUGAUAGUCCUGCUACAAUGAUGCCCUGGCAAGGCCAUGCAGAUAAUUUGAUAGAUAGAUUCGAUGUUCGUGCUCAUUUAGAUAUCAUUCCUGAGUAUGAUCCAUCAAAGAAUGAUGAACCAAUACCAGAAGAUCGUCAAGCAUGCUAUGAAAGGUAUCGAACUUUAGUUCAAAAUGACUUCCUGGGUGUUAAUGAAGACAAGUUUUUACAUCAGAUAUUUAUUGAAGAGAGGUUUGGAAUUUUCAAGCCAGAUGAAGAAAAGAAAAAACCAACUGAUAAAAAGGCUGCUAUUGGUUAUGUUUAUGAAGAUAGCACUGAAUCACCUCAGCAUCAAAACAAUAUUUCAAAAGAGGACGAGGAUGAUGAGGAAAAUGAAGAAGAAAAGGAGGAGGAUUUAAGCGAUAUUGACUUAGAUGUGACAGUUGACGUCAACAUGCUGACCCCUGCUCAGUGUGAAGAAAUGAAUGCACAUUCCCUCAAAUAUGGGAUGGUAGAUGAGGAUUUUAUAACAUAUCUGCACCAUGAUAAAGAUGAAGCAGAGCAGCUGAAACUUGCCAGGGAGAUAGAAGAGGAAAAGGCCAUGUAUUCAGGCAGAAAAUCACGAAGAGAAAGAAGGGCUCUAAGAGAGAAGAAGCUUGCAGGCAGGAAGAUAACUAGCCCACCAAGUGAUUAUUUUGUUAAAUUUUUUAGCUAUGCAGCAAGAGAUAGUCCAACCUAUACACCUAUGAGGCAUUCAACAUCUAAAUCUCGUUCACGAUCCCCACCAGAUGCUGGUAAAAUUAUGUUUAUUACAAGCUUUGGUGGAGAAGGCUCAGAUGGAGAGCAGCUGUCUAAAUCGGGGAGUAAAAGCUCAACUAAUAAUUUAAAACCUGGAAAAAGCCAGAAGCCUAAAGACAGUUCUGGUUCUGUCUUUGGACCACAGUUACCUUUUAAAAUUGAUGAUGAGAAAUCUUCUCGAAUGUCAAGAAAUAGUUCUUAUUCAGAUUCUUCUCGAUCUUCUCAUCGUUCUAAAAGAAAACUUGAGAAACAUCAUUCUCGACACCGAUCCAGACAUUCUUCCCAUUCUUCUUCUGGCAGAUCUGUAUCUCCUAGGAAGAGUUCUCAUGACAAAAAAAGGUCUCGUAGAAGUAGAACUAGGUCUAGGUCCAGAUCAAGGUCUUAUUCUGUAUCUAAAUCUCGUUCACGAUCUUGCUCUCAACAUCUGACUUGGCGAAUUAAAGCAAAAUCUGCAUCUCAGUCCAGAUCUAGGUCUAAAUCUGCCACAAAAGUUGUUGAAAAUAAAUCAGAAUCACCAAAACUACCGCCACCUCCAGUAAAAUCAUAUUAUCGUCAUAGUUUAUCUAAAUCUAAUAGUGAAGUGUCUGAUGAGAGUGAAGAGGAUAAAUCGCCAUCUCGAACACCACAGCUUUCAAAUGUUUCAGGCAAUUCCCGAUUGCAGCCACUUAUGGGUAAAGCUGCUCCUGCCACCAAAGCAAAAAUGACUCCCCAAGAGCGGCUUAGACGAAAAAUGCAACUGGCUUUGAAGAAACAAUAUAAAGCUGAUAAACAAGCACAACUUGAAAAAACAGAGAAGCAACUUCAGGAAAGACAGGAUAGAGCUGAAGAACUGAGAGAGAUGGCCAUUAAAUUGCGACAAAGGGAAAGAGAAAGAAGGCACAAGAUGCGUGGAUAUGAUUACGAUUCAGACAGUGAUAGCACCUGGACUAAAAAUCCAGAUUAUCCUCAUAGGUCUGAUAGUAAUUAUUCAACUAAGAGGAAUAACCAAACAUCCAGUAGAAGUAAUAGCAGCUUUAGUAGUCAGGAGCGUAGUCCUCCUCCUGAUGCUCCUUCUAAUAGCAGGCGACGAAGCCGAUCUAAGACUCCAUCACGUUCUUCAAUUCGAAGUCCAAAUAAUGAAAGGAGGAGAUCUCCAUAUAGGAGAAAUAGUCCAACUCAUCGUAGUCCUAAGAGAAGUCCUCAACGUAAUUAUCGGAGAAGUCCAGGAUAUGGUUCAAGAAAUCAAUCUAACUCAUCACGUAGAUAUUCACCUCAAAGAAAUUCACCUCGUAGGUAUUCUCCUGCUAGAAAUCAGUCACGUAGAUAUUCGCCACCAAGAAACGAUUCUUAUAGAUAUUCCCCAUCUAGAAGUGAAUUUCAUAGAUACUCACCAUCUAGAAGUGAUUCUCAUAGAUAUUCACCAUCUAGAAGUGAUUCUCAUAGAUAUUCACCAUGUAGAAGCGAUUCUAAUAGGUAUUCACCAUCUAGAAGUGAUGCUCGUAGAUAUUCACCAUCCAGAAGUGAUGCUCGUAGAUAUUCGCCAUCCAGAAAUGAUUUGCAUAGAUAUUCACCAACCAGAAGUGAUUUGCAUAGAUAUUCACCAUCCAGAAGUGAUUUGCAUAGAUAUUCACCAUCUAGAAGUGAUUCAUAUAGAUAUGCACCAUCAAAGAAUGAUUCUUAUAGAUAUUCACCAUCAAGGAAUGAUUCUUAUAGAUAUUCACCAUCAAGGAACGAGUCCUACAGAUAUUCACCAUCAAGGAAUGAUUCUUAUAGAUAUUCACCAUCAAGAAAUGAUUCUCGAAGAUAUCAUCAGUCAAAAACUUACAGGCAAGGAAACUCUCCAUCACAGCGAUCAAGAUCACCAUCAAGAUCAUAUGGUACUAGACCCCUAGUUGAUUAUUAAAUGUUAGUUAUUUUUAAAAUCAUGUUGAUUGUUUAUCACAUUCAUUUCUUAAUAAAAUAUCUUACAUUUUGAUAUAUAUUUUUUUCUUUUGGACAUACAAAUUGUAAUAAAUGAAUUUGAAAUUCAAAAACUGAAUUUUUUUCUUCAUUUACUCCUUAAAUGACAUUGUGAAAUUAUACAUAUGCUGUUAAGGGAAGGAUAUUUGUGAUUGUCAUAUGUUGAAUUGAAUAUGAUGUGGUUUUUAUGUGUUCAGAAUAGAUCGUCUUUGAAAAAAAAAAAAAGAAAAAAGUGCACUUAGUUUAGUUUCUUAUAAUUUCUUAUUUCAUCAUAUUUACAUUUUUAGUUAAUUUGUGCAGCAAGCGAAAUAUGAUUAUGUGUUCUGAUUCUCUUCUUUAAUCAAGAAAUUAUAUUGAUAUAAUAACUGUAUCAAGAUUGAUUUUGUUUUAAGAUACAAGAUUGAUUGUACAUAGAUAAAAUCUGAAAGUGAGAAAUAUGUUUUCUGAGUCAAAGUAUUUUAAGAGAGAGAGAAAAGCCAUGUCUUAUUUGCAUUGUAUAUUUUUUAUUCAUUAGUAAUAAUUUACAUGAACAGAAUAGAAACCUGCAUGUUUAUAUAAUGCAUUAUUUGAUACUGCAUAUUACAUGAUAAACGUUUAACAAAGAAUUAUGCAAUACUAUGAACCUUUUACAAGGAACUAUAUAAUGUUAUAAACCUUUUACAAGGAACUAUGCAACAAUGAAACAUUUUACUAGGAACUAUGCAAUAUACUAAACAAUUUACAAAAAACUAUACAAUAUAAUAAAUAUUUACAAAGAGUUAUGCAAAUGCUUUUUAUGAUCUAGUGCUUUAUAUCUCUUAGGCUGUAUUCAAGAUGCAUUUUCAAUUAAGACAAAGAAUAUUUUUAUUACAGUAAGUGCCAUUUAAUAUAAUUAUAUUUGACCUUUCUAAUGAAAUCCAAUAAUCAAAUAAAAGUAUGGUACUCUGUUAAAAGAAACUUAUUUUGGAUUUUUGUUUUAAUUUUGAAAAAUGAUUUUUGAAAUUCGUGAUGUGCUAAAAUAAGAAAUAUAUAAUAACAUGUUAAGUAGUUGAUAAUUUUAAAAUAAGCAUAUGCUAAAACAUUUUUCUUUUACCACAACCGAAAAUAAAUUGAUAGCUAGUUUAUAAUUGUUAGUUUAUAUUGUUGAGGUGAGAGUAAGAUUUACGUAUUAAAUUUCAAAUCUUUUAUCAUUUGGAUUUUGAAACUUCCGUUUUGCAUUUUUUUUUAAAUCUUUAUGAGGCAUCAUUUUAUAUUGUUUCAUCAUAUUAUACAUGGAUUUUUUUUUUUUUUUUUUUUUUUUUUUGUUUAUAAAAUUUGGCUUGUGGGGAAUGGAGGAAAAGCAGAAGUUUUAAUGUUUCAUUCCUGCUUUUUGCCAUGUAAAGUGUUAGAUUAUCUUAAACAAAUAAAUACUUUUUGCCCAAUAGGCACUGAAAAUAUUAAAAAAUAUUGAGUGCUAAUAACAAUUUUUUACUAUGCUAUUUGUAAUUUUGAAUCUGAUUUUCAAUUUCUCUAUUCAGCUUUUGAUACCUUAAAAAUCAUACAAUUGUUCGGAGUUUCGAAUUCUUUGUUACUUAGAAUUAUAAAUACAGAGAAAAAUUACUAGCUUUUAUUUUUUUUAUUAUGUCUUCGUUUAGACUAUAAUAUAAGGCAAAUAACAAUUGCUAUUUGCAUAUUGAAUUAAGUUAAAGAUGAUAGAAUUGCACGAUUUUAAUUAUAGAAAAAUGAUUGAUGAUAAUAAUUGUGAUUUAAUUAAUUAGUGGCUGCUGAAAUUUAUUUCUUUGAAAAAUAUUUGACAUUAAAUUAAGGGAUUUUGAUAUUUCUGUUAUUUAAAAAUUUGGCUGGUUAUUAUAUAUUUCCUUAUUAAUUCCAUUUCAGAUGUUUAUUAUCCAUAUGAUUUUUUUUUCUGUGAUUAAGUUUACAUAUAUAAUUGCUUGCUGUAAAUUUCAUCCAUGUUAAAUAAUUCUCCUGCAUCUGACUUCCACUGUAAAAAAUAUUUUCCUAUUAGAGCAAUAAGAAUUAUUAAUGUGAGCAAUAUAUUAUACUUGUAAUGUAUGUAAUUAUGUUGUCAAAUAGUAAACAUUUCUGUGGUGUACUGUGUGCUGUUGCUUGUAAAUAAAUACAAGUACUAUCAAACUUUGUUAAAGCAUGAUUGUUUAUCUUUUUCUGGACUUCCAUUUUUGAAUCCUUCUGCCAAAGAUUUUUUGUUACUUAUUUUUUUGUUAUUUAAUGAAUAAAUUGAACUAAAAUAUCUUAUGUAAGGUUUUCUAUUAUGUAUUAUCUAAAACAACUUAAUCUUAGAGAUAUCUGAUUAUUACAGUUCGAUACUUUUUUCUUCACCUCCUUAGCUGUGCAAUGGUACAGAAUUAUUUGGCUGGUAUUACAGUUGUGCAGUCAGGAGCCUUUAUUCCUUUUAAAAAUGCAGUAUUAGAUUGUUUUUGUAAUAUUUUACAAAUACUUCCCUAUUUCUGAAUAUCUACUUUGGAAUUGUUUUCUUGCUGUGUAACUGUAUCCAGCUGAUACUUUUUCUAUAAUUAUAUUGUAAUAGAUUGAUUUAAAUUUUAUUAUAUGUCAUAAAAAUUGUCAUUACUACUAUUGGCCAAAUAGAUAUAUACAAGAUAUUCUUUGACUUCAUUAGGAAAAAUAAAUUACUUAAUGAUUCUUUUUUUUUUUUUUUUUUAUGAAAUCAAUUAUUGCAACUUGUAAUUUUAUUUUCUGUAUUUAUUUGAAACUAUUUUUGCAAUUUUUCUCUUGGUUUGAGCUUGAAAUUUAAAUAAGAAAACUGAUUUCACCAUUUUGAUUAUUAUUUGAGAGUGAAUAUCUCAUAAAAAACAAGAUUAAUAAUUUUUAAAUUUUUCUUUGAUUGUUGAAUUAAAUGACUUUAUUAAGGCAAAUAAAUUUCUGAUUGUGAUAUAUUUUUUUUUGCUGAUUAAAGAAGUUUGUGAAAGGACUUAUGCUUCAGGUGUUAAUUAUACUCUACAUAUUCAGCCCAACUUUCAUUUGUAUGAAAGUUUUAAAUGACUUUCUUUUUUAUGACUUUGUUAUGAAAAUAAGAUUUUCUCUCAGCUUGUGUCAUUGUAUCCAUAUGCUUAUUUGAAAUGAAUAAUAAAGUUGACUUUGUACUAAA